AUUCGAUUUAUGAUUCGUUCGAAUCACUUCUCGGAUGAUUGUUUUGAGCGUUUAUUCCAUUUGGGUGGUAUGACUAAACGGCUCAAAACUGGUGCCGUACCUACUAUUUGGAAGAAAUCACAAACACCAACAACGUCAAGAGAGCGGUGUCAGAAAUGAAAUCGGACUAUAGCACUCCACUAAUAGAAAGGAAAAAUACGAAUGGAGAAACGCCAUCUUCUGCGACCUCUUGUCUAAAGGCAAAAAAGUCUCCAUCGAACCCAUUGAUUCGAGCUGUCCGACGAGGCAUUCUGAUGACGCAGCGAUAUCUUGAAAAGACAAAGAAUGAGCACCUCAGUAUUGCAGACACCGAUGACAUACGUAGAAAUAUAUUUCAUCUCAGUGUCCAAAGAGAGGAGCUACUGGAAAUUCUUUUAAAACAUUUUGAGAAGCAUGAACAGCUCAUGGAAGCUCUCCACAGUGAAGAUUUGAAUGGUCACACGCCAGCUCAUGUUGCUGUAUUGUACAGUCAAAGAAAGAGCCUACAAAUUCUUGCUGGUGUGGAUGAGAAUGUUUACGCUCUUCGUAGCUCUAAGAAUGGACAGACAUUGAUUCAUUGUGCUGUUGAUUCGUGCAAUCCAUACAUCGUACAAGAUAUUCUUUCGGUUCGCCCAGAAUCCCUCUUUGAUAAAGAUGAUGAAGGAAGAUCACCUCAGCAUUAUGCCGCUGCUCUUCAGGAAUCCUUUCUUUUGGACAUUCUUCUCUCGCGCGGUGCAAACAUUUUGGAAACAGAUAACAACAAGUCAACAUUGCUUCACGAAGCUGCUCAGGCUGGGUCUAUAUCCAACGUUGACUUGUUGGCGGUCGAUGAAGUCACUCUGUUACAUGCAACAGACAUGGAAGAGAGAACACCAUUACAUGUUGCCUGUGCCAAAGAUUUCCGAAAUAUUGUCUCAUUUCUACUGGAAAAUGGUGCUGAUCCACAAGCAAGAAGUACAGAUGGUAAAAACUGUCUGGAAGUCGCUAUAAUUCACAAACAAGAGUAUGUCGUUAACGAGUUGCUGAUGAGCACCUACUGGAAAGACCUCAUUUGUGAUUGGAAGAAUGGGGCGAUGAAAUGCUUUGCGUACCUUGCUGAGAAGAUGCCCAAUCAAGCCAAAUUAUUGCUCGAUCGUUGUGUUGUGACCAGUGAUGACAAGCGUCAUUCGCUUGACUACAAUGUUACGUACGAUUUCUUUCUUUUUGAUAAUGCAGGUUCUAAUCCACCUGCAUUUCAUGCACUGAAAGCAAUACUGAAGAAUGACGAAGAGAAGUGCUUGACUCACAAGCUUUGCAGGAAAUAUAUGAGUGUUAAAUGGCGAGAGAAAGGAUGUUACAUUUUUUUGAUCGAUUUUAUCCUCUUCGCGUGCUUUCACAUUUUAUUUAAUGUUUACGUCGCAUUGGUACGCGGUGGAAUUACUAAACAGUGGUUGCAUAAUAACGAGCACUCCAGAAAUGCUACACUGUCAACAAAUUAUCCACGACCUAUUGCAAACCCUGACGACACUGGACCAGUUAUUGCCACUUCUAUCAUUGUUACUUUAACAGUAUUGAAUGUUCUCAAGGAAUUUGUGCAGAUGAAUUCGUAUCGCUGGAAGUAUUUCAAGCAACUGACAAAUUACUUUGAAUGGACUUUGUUUUUGUGCGUUCUGUAUUUCAUAUUCCCCAUAAGACAAACGAAAACCGAACAAUUCCUGACAUCGGCACGUACAUUUUAA